AUGGUGGUGGCUCUAUGCUUUCAGAUCCCAAUGGUGUCUGAUUAUGUUCUUCGGGUUGGCUGGUCGAGGCUUGGGUUUUGCAAUAGUGGCCGCAUUCUCCCCGUCGUCAAGUUGUGGUUUGGGCGGUCAUCUUUGGCGGUUGUGGGCUCGGUUUGGGCUGCCCUGACAAUGGCCGGUGGCGAGGCAUCAAUAUCGAGUUCGAAGUUGAGAGGUCUGGGUUUUGAUGGUUUUGAAGGAUUCAAUCUUGGAUAGGUGAUGGCUUCAUUGUUAGCUCUAGCCUCUAGUGGUGAUAUGGGACGAGUCUUGCCAUCAAUUUUUUAUUGUGGGAGAUAAUUCUCGCUGCUUUAUCAAGCUUGAAAAAUGGCGGCUAGAGGCGGCUUUUCUAGCGAGCCCUGAAGCUUAUGUGCCGCUGGUGUGUGAUUGGUGGGGCUAAGUGUUCUCGUUCUUGUGCUUGUUCUUAGAGAAGUUAUAGGCACCUCUUUCUGCCAUGUUUGAGGGCUGGCCUCGAGGGUGAGUUGCUCGUGGCAAGGACAAUGAAGAAUUGCAAAUGUAAGUUUCCGAGAGUAAGUUUUAGAAAUCGGUGUUUUCUACUGUCCGGCUCUAUUGUAUUCCUAACUUCUCGUUUUUGUCUUUUUCUUGUUUCUGUUUAUAACUUUGACUGUGUUUUUAAUUUUUUUUUGUUUUUUGUUUUUUCCACUUUCUAUGUUAUCUCUGUAACUUAUGUCAAAAAAAAGUGUCAUAACUCUAUGCACCGCACUUGUUAUGCUGCUGGCCAUCAAUGGUGGUCGACUGACAAAAUUUUCACUUAUCCCAUUACAUGUAUAAAAAUAAAAGGUACAAACAAA